AUGGAGGAGAACGCGAGAGAGCCGUGCCCUUGGCGAAUUGUGGAUGACUGUGGCAGUGUCUUUACCAUGAGUACCAUAGGUGGCAAUUUUCAAGCCUUCAAAGGUUUUUGAAAUUCUCCAGUGGGAGUAAACCACAGACUCCGAGGGAGUUUGACAGCUAUUAAAACCAGGGCUCCACAGUUGGGAGGAAGCUUUGCAGUUUGGGGAGAACUGUUUUCCAUGAUUGACUGUAGUAUGGUUCAGAUAAGAGGCAAAGAAGACCCCUGGAACUCCAUCACUAGCGGUGCCUUAACAGGAGCCAUCCUGGCAGCAAGAAAUGGACCGGUGGCCAUGGUUGGGUCAGCUGCAAUGGGUGGCGUUCUCCUAGCUUUAAUUGAAGGAGUUGGUAUCUUGUUGACAAGAUUUGCCUCUGCACAGUUUCCCAAUGGCCCUCAGUUUGCUGAAGACCACUCCCAGUUGCCUUCAAGCCAGUUACUGACCUCACCCUUUGGAAACUACCAACAGUAUCAGUAGGAAUUUUCCCCAGGAUCCUGUACCUGGGUGAACUGUUGUUCUGUAGGCUCAGAAGAUCACAUUACAGUCUAUUGAAAGCCUUAGGUGGGGCAACAAUGACCAAGCGGGCCGCAAAGAGACAUUUGACACAUUUUUCUAUUUAAGAGACUCAGAGGAAAGAAAAGAUACUGAUUUUAUUUAUUCAUGCUUGGACUGCAUUUAUGAUCAAAAUAAAUGUCUAAUACCAUGUAAAGAAUGUAUACGUGCUUCGAAGAUACAGGACCAAAGGCCAAAUAACAGUGAAUCAU